AUGGCUGCUUGUAUCUUCUGCCGCAUCAUCAAGGGCGAGAUCCCGGCCCUGAAGCUCUUUGAGAGCGAAAAGACUCUCGCAUUCCUCGACAUCGGGCCUCUCAGCAAGGGCCAUGCUCUCGUCAUCCCCAAGUUUCACGGCGCAAAGCUCCACGAUAUCCCCGACGACCAGCUGUCCGAGAUUCUGCCUACCAUCAAGAAGCUAGUCGCAGCUACUGGAGCCAGCGACUACAAUGUCCUCCAGAACAACGGCACCAUUGCCCACCAGCAGGUGCAUCACAUCCCGAAGCCCAAUGAGACCGAGGGCCUGGGCAUCUCCUGGCCUUCCCAAUCUGGAGACAUGGAGCAGCUCAAACAGCUGUGUGAGGACAUCAAGUCCAAGAUGUAG